UCUCAACAUAUACUUACUCAAACAUAUUCUAUAAAAAUUUCCCAAAUUAAAUAUGCUAAUUUACGCAUUGGAUUUUUUCAUCCGAUUUCCUCGAAAGGAUGACUCACAGAUCAUGGAAUUGUGUAUAGGCACGGUUAACAACGGCACAAGUGACAAGACGGCGGACCAAAUCAAGGCGACAAUGGAAGCGGCUUACCGUGUAUUAUAUAGGCAUGCACCUUUACCUCGCAAUAUAUUUGGUCCCAUGUUCCCGAUGUCUUACCUCCAUGUCGCAGUGAGCUCGAGGGUUUUGCACAUACUCUCUAAGGUACCGGAGAAAGUAGUAGAGAAUGGGUGGAACAAAAGGAAGGCGUGGAUAGAAGGAUCUGAUCGACAAGUGUUGAUGGGUUACGCGGAGCAAGCGGACAAGGACUUAGUCGACUUUUUGGCAGAGCCGUGCCGAGGAAUUUUGAUGCCAUAG